AUGACGACGUACAAUCUCAAAGACGACAGGCCGUUUCGCGAGAACGACAAGUACGGCUUGGAAGUACCGGAGAUUGUAGAUUUCUAUUGCCCAGACCACCCGUUGAUGCAGCAGCUAUGCGACGCCUGUGCCCGCGGCCAGCUUGACGAGUUCAAAAGACUAGUUGAAGAGUGGAAGGCGAAGGGCCCACCUCCCGGCCCAGAACACUACCCCUUAGGUACCCUGGAGCCUAUACUCUUCUUCGCAGUCCGACAACACCAGCAUCAGAUCGUGGCCUAUCUGCUCGACGAGGGCUUGAAGCGCAGUGAGCUGGUGAUGGUCCACGUGCACGAGUUUCGGUGCCGCCCGCCCAUGUUGCAGGUCAUGCUCGAUCGCGGCUGGGAUAUCAACUACACAGACAGUCCGGCCGACCCGCCACGUCUAGCAUUUGUGCUGGACGACAAGGAACUUGUCGAGUGGUAUCUGGCUCAUGGCGCCGAUCCCAACGCUGAGGCCAAGUAUGGCUGGACUCCCUGGCUGCGCGCCAUAGUGUGGGCGCCGCUCGAUAUAAUCAAAACAAUGCACGCGGCCGGCGGCCGGAUGGAUCUGGCCGUGCCAUUCGUGUGCUUCGGCCGCAACUAUCGCUCCGACAAGUCCCCGGAGCGUCUGGACGUGCUGCGGUACCUGCUCGACAACGGCGCAGACAUCAACUCUCGCUUGUUCGCGCACAACCACUAUAACCGGGGUGCCUACUUCGACCCGGGUUCCGCCCUCAACCUGGCUCUGGGGGACGGCCAGGACGAGAUCGCCGAGGAGCUGCUUGACCGCGGCGCCCGCACCGACAUUCCGGCGGGAGAAAUGAUGGGACAUGUCACGGCUUUGGAAAGGGCGAGGGGAAAAGACGUUUCGCCGCACCUUUUGGCCAAAGUUGAGGAGUGUAGACGGCGGGAAGUCGCAGAGGCGGCAAAAGGAACACCGGCGGAAGAUGCAGACUGA